CAUAACAACAUAGCAACACAACAACCCCUUAUACCCUAGACUUAUACCCUAGAGUGAGAGACUCGUUAUAUUAAAUUCGGCAGCUCGUUAUAUGAUAUCCCAGGCCUCAGGUUACUCGAGUAAUUCCAGCCUUUAUGCUGUACGAGUCCACUACUCCUUACCUAAGGUAUAUAGGUAUAACUUAUAACUUAUGGGAUAGCUAUAUACUAGCACUAGACCAUACCUCCGGCUUCUUCUACUGGCUGCAACUCCAAGGCCAAGCGCGAUAUCAGAUAUAAGACAUCAAGACCAAAAGGGGCGUACAAAGAAUGUACAUGCAGCCCAAGCACAACGUCUGGUACCAGUACUUCCAAGCAACUGACCGAGAACUUCCUGGAAACCAGCCGGAGAUCCAGCGGGGAAUCUAUGGGGAAUCCAGUGCAAAUCUACCCCGAUCUACGGGGAAUCCAGUGCAAAUCUACCCGGAAUCUAUGGGGAAUCCAGUGCAAAUCUACCCCGAUCUACGGGGAAUCCAGUGCAAAUCUACCCGGAAUCUAUGGGGAAUCCAGUGCAAAUCUACCCCGAUCUACGGGGAAUCCAGUGCAAAUCUACCCGGAAUCUAUGGGGAAUCCAGUGCAAAUCUACCCCGAUCUACGGGGAAUCCAGUGCAAAUCUACCCGGAAUCUAUGGGGAAUCCAGUGCAAAUCUACCCCGAUCUACGGGGAAUCCAGUGCAAAUCUACCCGGAAUCUAUGGGGAAUCCAGUGCAAAUCUACCCCGAUCUACGGGGAAUCCAGUGCAAAUCUACCCGGAAUCUAUGGGGAAUCCAGUGCAAAUCUACCCCGAUCUACGGGGAAUCCAGUGCAAAUCUACCCCGAUCUACGGGGAAUCCAGUGCAAAUCUACCCCGAAUCUACGGGGAAUCUCUUAG